AGGAAGUUGGUUUAUAGAGCGCUAAUGACGCCGUUUUGUUUUGAUGCAUGAAGUCGUCUGCCGUUACAUUUGAACAAUGUCGGAGUUGAAUGAGACCACGACUUCAAAUACUUCACCUGCGUCGGACCCAGAAGUAAGACAGAUGGGCGAGGACAGUUUACAACCUGACGUUGACAGCAAGUUAGAAGGUUCGUAUCUUUGGGAAAAGUUACCCCAAGAGGUCAUUUAUAACAUAUUCGAUUACCUCAAGCAAAGCGAUCUGUUGAGACUAGCGACUGUAUGCAAGUACUGGAGGGAUUCGAUCCACACAACAGCGCAGUUUUGGCGAUGCAUGCGCCUGAACCUAUCCUGCGAUAAGAAAUCCGCGCACAGUAAAAAAUCGUGUUGGUACGCCACGCAGCUCGGAAGUCAUUUCCGGGAACUGUCCAUCUCCUGUCAUCACCAUCAUAAGAGUAAAGACUGCAAGAAUAUGGCUUUUGACUUCCGGAGACUUCUGCUUUGUUUGUGUCAUUCGAAUCUGACGUCAUUGAAAAUAACUGACCUACGAUUAGAUUCCGCAUUGAUUAGCACUGUCGCCGUUAUACGCCAGGUUAUGACGCGCAUGCUGUCCAGUUAUCAUCGUCUUCAUUGUUUCCAAAUGUCGUCUGCGCAAUGGCCGCUGCAUGAAGGCAUCAAGGUCAUCGACACCGUCUUGACCGUGUCCAGAGGAACCCUCCAGUCUCUGGUCAUCGACGGGUUCUUUGAGGCGACUUCUUUAGCCCAGAGACCGGCUGAGUUUGAGCGAGUGACCAACGGCAUCCUUUCUCUCAACCGCCUGACUAAACUAGGCAUCGACUACCAGCUCCUGACUGACAGCUUUGUGACAGCGCUGUCCAGGUCACACACAGGACAGCUCAAGGUACUGAAAAUCUCGGCUGGUCAAGCAGACGCUGCCGUGUCCAAGAUCCCGGGAAGUGUUUGGUCGACUUUGAUCGAGGCUUGCCCUGCACUAAAAAUAGCGUUUGUUAUUGACGACCUAUCCUCAUACGUCACCAUAGUCGACAUGCUGGACCACGUCCUUCCCAUCUACAAGAUCCGGUUCCUGCUCAACUCCACCCCCGCACGGUUCGAAUCGGACUGCAUGUGUACGCUGGUGGUACUAGCACUGGUCAUGACCUACUACAGACAGACUCUAGUGAAAUUCGAGAUGGAUGUUGGAGUGAAGUUUUAUGGGAUCGAUAUAGCGUUUCUGAUGUUUGUGGCGAAAUGUCAAAAUUUGCUGUAUGUGAAGGCAUCGUCCAGUUUCACGGACCCAGAGACUGAGAUGACGGCCCAGAUUGUUCUACAAGAGAGGAGGCGGCAACGUGACCUGAGGAUGUCCCAAGACACGGCCAACAAACGAGCGAAAAGAAGCCCGCACGACGGCGCAGGUUCGAGUCCCGCUAACGACACAGCCACGGUGGCACGAACUGUAAACGUCAUCAAAAUGGAGGCUGAGUCCAGCGACCAGACUGAUGGACUAUCACUGACCAACGAACCAUGACAGAUGACCCCUUAAUGACGAAGGAAAGAUAGACCAUUCUGGAACAAAGAUUUAGGUAUAUAAACAUCUAUACUAGAUAAUUAAGUACAAAUAUUUUAGUUUCAAAUAUAAUAAUAAAAUAACAUUAUAAAUUAAUUAUAUUUAUCAAUUACAUUUUUAAUUACUAGUAUGCAUAAUCUCUACUAAAAAUCAAUGUAUGCUCGUAUGUUCAUUUAUAACAAUAUAUCACAUUGACACAUUCAUUUGUAUAAUUACCCCUAUGGAGAGAAAGAAAAAACUGUAUUUAUGUGAUAAUAAAAGUACACCAAUCUUAACAUUAUGGAUUGCAUGUUAUAACAUAGUAUAUGUUUUUUUCUUUCACAUCAGUAAACAAAUUAAUCAUUAUGUGCAUAUAUGUAGUAAAUAAACAUUUCCAUAUUACAUUUAACAAUACACCUAAAAGAUAAAUAUUAAGAAUAUUGUCAACUAAUAGUCAGUUUUAAAGGACGAAAUAAAAAAUAUAU